AUGUUGUUCGCAAGGCCAUGGACGAGCCUGUGCUUGCUCGCGGGGACUUGGACGGGUGCUUGGGCGCGGCAAGGGGGGCUGAGCGAGGAUCCUGACAUCAAGGCCAUCUCGCUACGCACACAUAGCCUCGAGCCUCCAUACCUUGAUUCGGACAUGCAAAGCCGUUGGUGGGAUUUUGGCGGAGACACUAUUAUUCGAACUGAUAAGUACAUUCGACUGGCUUCGGACAAGCCCUCGCGCGAUGGCUGGCUGUUUUCGAGAGUGCCUCUUACGGCUACGAACUGGGAGAUCACUUUCGAGUUCAAGAUCCAUGGUCAAGGCAACCUCUACGGCGACGGCUUUGCCAUGUGGCUCACCAAGCAGCGCGCGCAGCCAGGAAACGUCUUUGGCCAUACAGACAAGUUCGAAGGGCUCGGCCUCUUCUUCGAUACCUACAAGAACAACCGCCCCGGUACCGUGUUCCCAUACAUCAUGGCCAUGAACGGUGAUGGAAACACGCCAUACGACAAGGACAACGACGGCAAGGCCAACGAGGUCGCUGGCUGCUCGGCCCGUGGAAUUCGCAAUGCCCAGAUCGCGACCAAAGCCCGUCUCACAUACUUCCAAGAACAAUUCCUCCGUCUCGAGCUCCAAUACAAGUCAGAAGGCGAAUGGACUCAAUGCUUCGAGAUCCCCAACUUCAAGGUCCCACCCGUUGCCUACCUAGGCUUCUCUGCUGAAACUGGUGAACUUUCCGACAACCACGACAUCGUCUCCGUCAAAUCACAAAACCUCUACAAGAAGAACCCAAGCGCCGGUUCGUCCUCAGGAAGCUCAGGCGCCAAGACUGCUUCGUCCAUGACCCGGGAAAAGAGCAGCAGCGGUGGAAGCUGGACCUGGUUCCUUGUCAAGUUUGUGCUGUUCGGCCUGGCCCUGACUGGUGCCUACGUUGGCUUCACCAUUUACAGGACGAAGCAAAGGGAUCGUUUCUAG